AUGGCUAUCAUUAAACAACUACAUCUUCGGGGCUCCGGCUUGAGGGCAAUCCGCUCUUUGAAGACUGUGGGAUCUGCCCUCAAGUGGGUCGUUCUCAAGAUAUGGGCUAUCUGUUUUCGAAUCAAAGUUAAACUCCUUACGAAGUGGAGAGGGACAAAGAAGGAGAGUCCGAAAGUCAUUACCUUUGAGCCCAGUAUAUGGCGAGCAUCGAAGAAGUGCGCGAUUCAUCUUCUUCCGAUAACUGCUAUCGCAAUCCUUGCCGCCCUGAACAUCGCUACAUAUUUUAUCGGGGCAGAAUACCAAGGGUCCACGACGACGAUCGAGCAGGGUUUCGAUAAUUUGGCUCUCCAAGUCACUGCAAAGCUCUACGAGCUUCUCAUCAUUGCUUCCUUGUCUACUGUGCUAAUGGAUGUCCUAAGAUACGAGCUUCUGUACAGCUCCACAGGUUUGCCUUUUGGAAUCCUGACGGCGAAUACGCAAUUUGUUGACUUCUUGAUUCCUCUUCUCGUGGUCUGCACCAUACUUGCCCUUCUUUGCAGUAUGAGCUGGUCCGAGCCUCCAUCCAGCGUAGCUAAUAAGUGGUUUGAAACUGAGGGAAACACCAUAAACACAACGUCAUUUCCCGAACAGAACAGUUCGAGUGCAUAUCUCAGUAUCCAGGUUCCACUUCACAAUGGCAAACUUGGGCUUAGCUGCACUAUAGAUGCGCGCUGGGCUUACGGCCAGAUCAUAGCCCAAGGAGCUGCUCAAGUCAACCUGCCCGAGACUUACACCCCAGUCUUCGUACCAAAUUGGGGACCUGAUUUCGAUGGCUGGCGUUUGGUGCGGUUUGCAAGAGACUGGCUCAACUCUCUCACGCCACAACUAGGGAAUGUGACAACGUGGAACAGCCUAUCGUCAACCUUGACCGAACUUGGGGUUGAUAAUAGCACGGGGUCCGUGGGAGAUACGUGGGACACCGUAGCCUUCAUUUCUCAGUUAUUAGUUUCUGCCACCAUCGUGGAUGUUAUGUCACGGGCCGGAUACGACCUAAUGAACAGCUUGCAGGCCCCUACUUUAAACGAUAGUGUAUUGGAUGCUGCUGCGGGAGGACCCGACACGUUGAACGAUAGUGUAAUGAAUGCUAUACUGGAAGGAUCAUACAUCCUGUAUACAGACGACAGCAAUGGGGCGAAUGCGAGCGACCAAUUACAGAUGCACUGGUCCAUCACAGCGACAGGGCUGGGUUACCGGGCGAACAGCUUGUCAUACUACCUUGCGUUAGCACUCUUGUUCACCACUCUGUCAUUGCUCUGUCGCAUACUAUCUGGAUUUUCUACAACAGGAAGACUUCAAGAGCCUGGGGCUCACUAG